AUGGCCCAGCAAGUUCGUCGUGUGACCGUGGCCGUGCGGAUGGCGUUCAUCGUGUGCGCCUUGCUCCUCGCCGGUGGCGUGGCGCGUGCGACUCUCACGGCGGCGCAAAACUCCAUCACGGCCGAGUUUCUGCGGUCCUUCGCGGUCUCGAUACCUGGCCUGGCGAGUGUGUGGACGGAGGAUGAUUGGUGCGCCUGGCCGUACGUCAGCUGCAACUCCGACACGAACAUCACAGUUAUCAUCGACAACGGUGGGUUCACCGGCAGCCUUCCAGAGCUGAAUGUGGCGGGCGACAGCGCUAAUAUCGCGGUCACCGAGAUUGCCUUGACGAACAUGAACAUCGAAGGCGGGUUCGCGAACAGCUGGGGAGGCCUCAAGGAGGUGCGGGUUCUCAACUUCACGAACACCAACCUGUUUGGCACCAUUCCCGCGAGCUGGAACGCGAUGCGCUCCCUGCAGACGGUCAUCCUAAAAAACUCCAGCGCGUGCGGCAGCCUGCCGAGGUGGACGCUGCCGUCGCUGAAGAACAUUGACGUGUCGACCAACCUGCUGCGCGGUUCGAUGCCGGGCACGUUCGGCUACAUCGCCGGCCUGCAGAACGUCAGCCUUGUGGGCAACAACUUCUGUGGCUGCAGCCCGCCGUCCUGGGUGUCCCGGGUACUCACCACUGCACUCUUCCAGGCAAUGGGCACAGCACCGUACAAGCCGGACUGCAGGGCCCCCAUCAACUGCGACUCCGAAGGUGCCAAGUGCUCCCGCGACACUCCACAGUACCACGACGCCGCCGCCUCCCCACCAUGUGUGAUGGUGGCCGUGCUGACUCUGGUCCUGACGCUCUGGGCAGACAUGUUCGGGUAG